UCGAAGCCAUCACCGUAUACUCUUCAACCACUUAGAUAUAUGCUUUUGCUUAAACGCACGGAGAAACUAAAAAUUAUGGUCGCAAUUGUUAAACUAUCUGCGGAACUACGGUGCGCUUAUUGUGUUUGUUUGAUGGGCGUUUAUUGGAUGACGGAGACACUACCGCUAGCGGUUACUGCCAUGAUUCCAGUUGUACUCUUUCCUUUGACCGGUGUGAUGACCUGUAAAGCCGUCGCUCAGCAGUUUGUCAAUGUAGGUUUAUUUGAUACAAACUUCCUUUACAUCGGUGGCCUCAUUGUCGCCCUAGCCAUAGAGAAGUGCUUCCUUCACAAACGUAUCGCUUUGUUUGUGCUGAAAAUGGUCGGCAGUGAUCCGAAAUUGUGA